UUUGAUUAUAAAGAAUUAAAAUAAAAAAAUCUCCCAAAAAAUAAUUAUACUAUUACUAUAAAAAAUCCAUAUGAAAAUGCAUAAAAACAUUGAUUUUUGGGCGAGUACACAAACGCGGCAUUAGGCCGACCGCCGCCCCACGCCUGCUGCCGCCACAAGACACUUCCUCCGGCCGCCGCGCCAGAGGUUCUCGCAUACAACCGAUUAAUCUAUACUCAUAGGCUGCGAGUUCCGUAACUGUUUCACCCCAAAAUAUGGGCAAGAAAGGCCCAAACUCGAGAGAAGGAAGUGGUGUUUGGGCCAGCGGCAUAGCAUCCAUACCCCCAUUGAGCACCUUUUUUGGCACGCGAUUAGCUGCUUACUCUGAGUCCUGGGGUUUGGCUCCCGACCCUUCUUUGGUCUCUUGUCAAAGGUGCGAAUCCGUUCUUCAACCCGGCUACAAUUAUACCAUUCGAGUCAAGAAGAGCAACAGAAAGGCCCACCGCCACAAGAACAAAAAAUCCAGAAUUCUUCUAGGGCAUUCUUCUUCUUCUCCCUUCCAUUCUCCAUCCAAACCCUACCGCGCUCUCAUCUCCGUUCAUCGAUCGGUGAUUGAGAAAAUGCAACAUCAGAGGCUGAAGCAGCAGCAGGCCUUGAUGCAACAAGCCCUUCUUCAACAACAGCCUCUCUACCAUCCUGGCCUCAUAGCUGCUCCACCGAUUGAGCCCAUUCCAAGUGGAAAUCUGCCUCCUGGGUUUGAUCCAAGCACAUGUCGUAGUGUGUAUGUUGGGAAUAUUCACCCCCAGGUGACUGAACUACUUUUGCAGGAAGUUUUCUCAAAUGCUGGUUUGGUUGAAAGUUGCAAGCUUAUAAGAAAGGAAAAUUCAUCCUAUGGGUUCGUUCAUUAUUAUGAUCGUAGAUUUGCUUCUUUGGCUAUACUAUCACUAAAUGGGAGGCAACUGUUUGGCCAGCCUAUUAAAGUUAACUGGGCAUACACCAGUACUCAGAGAGAAGAUACUUCAAGUCAUUACAAUAUAUUUGUGGGUGACCUUAGCCAUGAAGUUACUGAUGCCAUGUUAUUUGCUUGCUUCUCUGUUUACCCAAGCUGUUCUGAUGCAAGGGUCAUGUGGGACCAGAAGACUGGACGGUCUAGGGGUUUUGGAUUUGUCUCUUUCAGAAACCAACAGGAUGCCCAAAGUGCCAUCAAUGAUGUAACAGGGAAAUGGCUUGGCAGUAGACAGAUUCGUUGUAACUGGGCUACAAAAGGUGCUAAUUCCAAUGAUGAUAUACAGAGCUCUGAUGCAAGAAGUGUUGUAGAGCUAACAAAUGGCUCAUCAGAUGACGGUAAAGAAGCACAAAACAGUGAAGCUCCUGAGAAUAACCCACAAUACACAACUGUGUAUGUGGGAAAUCUUGCUCCUGAGGUAACACAGCUUGACCUUCAUCGGCACUUCCAUGCCCUGGGUGCAGGGUCAAUUGAGGAAGUUCGUGUCCAACGUGAUAAGGGAUUUGGUUUUGUGAGAUACAGCACCCAUGAAGAGGCUGCGCUGGCUAUUCAGAUUGGAAAUUCUCCAUCACUUCUUAGUGGAAAACAAAUUAAGUGCUCGUGGGGAAACAAACCAACACCGCCAGGAACAGUGUCGAACCCACUUCCGCCGCCAGAACCCUUGCAGGCCAUGUCAGCAGCCGAUGUCAUGAUGUACGGGCGGAUGAGCAAGAUGGCGGGAGGAAUACAUGGCGGCCUAAGUCAACACCCAUUGAAUCAAUUUGGGUCAAUGGGCAUUGGAGGAGUUGCAGGAGCAAGCCAGGCCAUAUUAGACGGUGGCUUCCAGAGUGUCGCAGCUGCACAGCAGCUCAUGUACUACCAGUGAAGAUCUGAGAAGAGAUAUGCCUAUUACCGUAGGGAUAUUGCCAUCUCCCCCCCCUUCCCCCCCUCCUAUCUCUUGAAUUUGAGUCUCAUUACUAUUUUUUUUUCACUUCUUCUGUUGAAACGUAUUAGUAGUAAAUAUCCCUGAUUAUCAACUCAUUUUCUCACUGAAAACUGUUACUGAUUAUUUCCCUCUAAAAGUUGCGGUG